CGCAUUGGAAGCCAUGUUGAAGUUUUGGUGGAGGCUUGCUGUUAUUUUCUGACGCUGUAAGUUUUUUUUCGAUUUGAUAUAUUGGUCUCGUUCAACCAUACCAUUCGGGAACCAUAAAUCGGAGUUCUAAAGAUGAAUUCCAGCGUUGACCUAUCCAGGCGCAAUCCGCAGGAGGAUUUCGAGCUAAUUCAGCGGAUAGGAAGUGGCACAUACGGAGAUGUCUACAAGGCCCGUAAUGUCAACACCGGGGAACUGGCUGCCAUUAAAGUUAUUAAGCUGGAACCUGGUGAGGACUUUGAGGUGGUGCAGCAGGAGAUCAUUGUGAUGAAGGACUGCAAACACUCCAACAUCGUGGCCUACUUCGGCAGCUAUCUCCGGAGAGAUAAAUUAUGGAUCAGCAUGGAGUACUGCGGAGGAGGAUCUCUGCAGGAUAUUUAUCAUGUGACUGGGCCUCUGUCCGAGUCUCAGAUUGCGUAUAUGUCACGGGAAACCCUCCAGGGUUUGUACUAUCUCCACAACAAAGGCAAAAUGCACAGAGACAUUAAGGGAGCAAAUAUUCUAUUGACAGACAACGGCUAUGUGAAAUUAGCUGACUUUGGUGUAUCAGCACAGAUCACUGCCACGCUGGCUAAGAGGAAGUCCUUCAUUGGAACUCCAUACUGGAUGGCUCCAGAGGUGGCAGCAGUGGAGAGGAAGGGAGGCUACAACCAGCUGUGUGAUAUCUGGGCCGUGGGCAUCACUGCCAUUGAGCUGGCCGAGCUGCAGCCUCCUAUGUUUGACCUGCACCCCAUGAGGGCCCUUUUCUUGAUGACAAAGAGUAAUUUCCAGCCGCCCAAAUUGAAAGACAAAGGGAAGUGGGGAAAUAAUUUCCAUCAUUUUGUCAAAUUGUCCCUGACGAAAAAUCCCAAGAAGAGGCCAACAGCAGAGAAACUAUUACAGCACCCAUUUGUGUCACAGCCUCUCAGUCGAACCCUGGCCAUCGAGCUGCUGGACAAAGCCAACAACCCAGACCACACCACAUACAAUGACUUUGAUGAUGACGACCCUGAACCAGAGUCUCCUGUGUCUGUUCCCCAUCGGAUUCGCUCCACCAGCAGGAGCACCAGGGAAGGGAAGACGCUGUCUGAGAUCACCUUUGGCCAGGUGAAGUUUGACCCCCCGUUGAGGAAGGAGACAGAGCCCCAUCAUGAGCUGCCCGACUCUGACCCUUUUUUGGACUGUGCAGAAGAGCUGUACUACACGGCGAGAUCUAAUCUGGAUCUUCAACGGGACUAUGGACAGGAAUCUCCAAGCCUGGUGGGAGGGAACAAGAGUCUUCUCAAAUCAGUGGAGGAGGAGCUUAAGCAGAGCAAACACAGUACCAUCAUGAGGCCGAAAGUCCCACCCCCACUUCCCCCCAAGCCCAAAUCUAUCUGUCCGCCCCAGGAGAGCCUGUCCCAGGGAGAGGAUGAUGUACGGAGGGGGACCAUCAAGCGCUGCCCCGUACCCGAGAGCCCCGCCCGACCCGCCUCAAAUGUACCCCCCCGCCCUCCACCCCCACGCCUGCCCCCCCACAGACGCAGUAGCCUAGGUAAUGGAUUGAGCUCUCACCAGAAUGGAGAAAAGGACAGUGCUGCAGAGAGGCAGUCCACCAUGCCCCCUUGUGUCCCCAUACGGAAAGACAAGAAGGACAUUCCCAAGCCUAUCAGUAAUGGUCUCCCACCCACACCCAAGGUCCAUAUGGGGGCCUGUUUCUCCAAGGUGUUCAACGGCUGCCCGUUGAAAAUCCACUGUGCCACAUCCUGGAUCAACCCAGACACCAGAGACCAAUAUUUGAUAUUUGGUGCUGAGGAGGGGAUCUACACUUUGAACCUGAAUGAACUGCACGAGACGUCAAUGGAGCAGCUCUUUCCCCGGCGGUGCACUUGGCUUUAUGUUAUGAACAACUGCUUGCUCUCUAUAUCUGGAAAAGCCUCCCAGCUCUACUCUCAUAACGUAGCUGGUCUGUUCGAGCAUGCCCGGCAAAUGCAGAAGUUACCCAUGGCCAUUCCUACACACAAACUCCCGGACAAGAUGAUUCCACGGAAGUUUGCCGUAUCUAAUAAGAUUCCAGACACAAAAGGUUGCCAAAAGUGCUGUGUAGUGAGGAACCCAUACAGCGGUCACAAGUACCUGUGUGGAGCGUUCCAGUCCAGUGUGGUUCUGCUGGAGUGGGUGGAGCCCAUGCAGAAGUUCAUGCUCAUCAAGAACAUCGACUUCCCCCUGCCCUGUCCUCUGGAGGUGUUUGAGAUGCUGGUGGUACCAGAGCAGCAGUACCCGCUCAUCUGUGUGGCCGUCAGCAAGGGCACCGAGCUCAGCCAAGUGGUCCGCUUCGGAACGGUCAACCCCAACUCAACAUCCUCCUGGUUCACAGAGGCUGAUACGCCCCAGACGUGUGUCAUCCACGUCACCCAGUUGGAGAGGGACACCAUAUUAGUUUGUCUCGACAGGUGUAUAAAGAUCGUGAACCUCCAGGGACGGUUGAAGUCCAGCAGGAAGUUAUCUGCUGAGCUGACGUUUAACUUCCAGAUCGAGGCGAUAGUGUGUCUCCAAGAUAGCGUUCUGGCGUUUUGGAGGCAUGGUAUGCAAGGGCGGAGUUUCAAGACCAAUGAGAUCACCCAGGAGAUCUCUGAUAACACACGGAUCUUCAGACUGCUGGGAUCUGACAGAGUGGUGGUGCUGGAAAGCAGGCCGACAGACAACCCCACAGCACCGAGCAACCUCUACAUCCUGGCUGGACACGAGAACAGCUACUGAUCAAACCGCACAGCCUCCUGGGAACACAAGUCACUACAGACACCGACGCUAGAGACACAGACACUACAGACACAGACACUACAGACACAGACACUAGAGACACCGACACUAGAGACACCGACACUAGAGACACCGACACUAGAGACACAGA